AUGUCUUUGAACAACCAAGCUGCCAACGAACGUAGCGCAUCCGAUCUCGCUAGUUCGUUUCUGAAUUCGGUCGGUCAGGAAUUGACCGGUUCUGAAGAUCCUCACGGUCACAGCGUAAAAGCUCGGUACGAGGACGACUAUUACGGCAAUCGCAACGACUACCGUCACAGCAGCAGUCGAGACGAUUACCGAGAACGCAGCGAUCGAAGAGAAAGAGAUCGUGAGAGGGAUAGAGAUCGCGAUAGAGACAGAGAUCGACAUCGUCGGAAAGAUAGAGAUAGAGAUAGAGAUCGGGGUAGAGGCCGUGAUAGAGAAAGCAGCAGACGACAUGGAGGCUCCAGGGAACGUCAUAGUCGUGAUGAGAGACACCGAAGCAGUCGAGACGAUUAUCGGUCAUCCAGACACAGUAGACGAAGUCGUAGUCCUCGUCGUCGUGAAUCGCGUCACAGUAGUCACCGCAGUUCAAGCCGCUAUGGUGGUGGUGGUGCUGAAAGCAACGUUGUACCACUUCACUUGCGUGAACGUAAACUGGAUAACUGGGACAAAGCUCCACCGGGAAUGGAGGGAAUGACGGCCGAGCAAGUGAAAUUAACAGGCAUGUUCCCUUUGCCUGGACAAGUCAUUGGUACACGUGCACCACAAUCCUUUGCUGCUCCAGGCACUUAUCCUCCUAUGGGUGUUGCUACUGAUGGUUCAAGAAUUCGUAUGACCCAAGGGGCGGCAGGUCCGGCCGCUCUCAACGCUACAGUGGCCCGACAAGCACGACGAUUGUAUGUGGGUCAGAUACCAUUUGACAUUGAUGAAGGUCCCAUUGCAUCAUUUUUCAAUUCGAUUAUGAAGCAAAACGGCUUGGCUCAGGCAGACAGUGUUCUGGCCGUACAGAUCAACCACGAUAAGAACUAUGCGUUUGUAGAGUUCCACGAACCUGCCCAAGCGACUGCGGCGAUGGCAUUUGAUGGUAUCAUGUUUAAUGGACAACCGUUGAAGAUUCGUAGACCAAAGGACUACGUUCCUGGCGAUGAAUAUACGGAACAGGCUCAUGUACCAGGUCUCGUUUCCACGAUUGUACCAGAUACCCCACACAAGAUCUUCAUUGGAGGUUUACCAUCGUAUUUGAAUGAAGAACAGGUGAUGGAACUGCUGAAAUCGUUUGGUGAAUUGCGUGCUUUCAACCUCGUCAAAGAUACAACCACUGGUCACUCCAAGGGUUUCGCCUUCUGUGAAUAUGCGGAUCCCAGUGUCACUGAUCUUGCAUGUCAGGGAUUGAACAACAUGGAGUUGGGUGACCGAAAAUUAGUGGUGCAACGUGCCAGCAUAGGGGCGAAACAGGGUGGUGCGGGAGCCGAACCGCAAAACAGUGCUUUGCCGAUAUCGCUUAUUCCAGUGGGUGGAAUCAAGGAGGAAGAUGCUACUCGUAUUUUACAAUUGAUGAAUAUGGUUACCCCAGAGGAGCUUGAGCAUGACGAAGACUAUCAAGAUAUUUGGGAAGAUAUUGCAGAGGAAUGUGGUAAAUUCGGUACGAUUGUUGACAUGAAAAUCCCACGACCACAGGAACAACAAGCGGUGCCAGGUCUUGGCAAGGUAUUUGUGCGAUUCGAGACAAAAGAGGAAGCAUUGGCGGCAUCUCGGGCUCUUGCAGGACGUAAAUUUGCGGAUCGAACCGUAUUAACUUCUUUCACGGACGAAGAUAAUUAUCUUACGGACAACUUUUAA